AUGUCUGACAACAUUAGAUCUCGACGUCGACUUCAAGAAAAUUCAGCAGCCAACUAUUCAACAGUUGUCAAUUUUGAAACAGAUCCUGAUCAAAAGAAUAAAGGAUUAGCAUACAGCUCAUUUUCCACAGUUUUCAACGCAUCUGCCUCGCAACUUUGGAAUUCAGCACAGGUAUUUCCAUUUUUUCGCGGCGACAUUUUUCAUUCCAAUAAUUUUCUUCAAAAAAAAGAUACCAUGCUUUAUCUAUCUUCCAAAUCUUUUUUUCUUCUAGGAAGCGCUUGCUUCAACAUACGACACAAGUUCUUAUCCUCCUUCGGCUGCCUAUUCUUCUCUAACUGGUGACGAUUAUUCAACAGCAGCAGCAGACGAAAAAGAAAAUCUUCAAGUUUUGGAUAAAUUGGGUAUUUGUGGAAGUCCAUACGAUUUAAUAAAUUUCACAAUGCCAUCCAGAGAUCGAACUAGUGAAUUUCGAAUGACUGCAAAGUCUUUUGAGGUAAGUCAAUUUUUUGAACUUCAAAUCAGAUAAUCAAAAAAAAUAUCGAUUUCUAGAUGAAAGCCGCAGCGAACGGAAUUCGUCCUCAACAAAAAUCCGAAGUUCUUCAAGAAUCUGUACAAUUCAAUCAAUUAGCAAAACGAAUUGGAAGAGAUUUGAGUCAAACAUGUGCGAAAAUGGAGAAACUUGCAGAAUUUGCGAAGAAAAAAAGUUUAUACGAAGAAAGAUCUCAGAUUGAACAUUUAUCAUCAAUCGUAAAGGAAGAUAUAACGGGACUCAACAAGCAAAUCGCAGCACUUCAAGAAUUUUCUCGAAGAAGAGCUGGUAAUGUUAAAAAUCAAAAUAAUGGUCACAGUCAAUUGGUGGUCGUUGGACUGCAAUCGAAAUUAGCGAGCGUUUCGAAAGAUUUCCAAAGUGUCAUUGAAAUUAGCACGGAAAAUAUGAAGGCCGAGAAAACGAGAAGAAAUAAAUUCUCAAGCGGAGCACAUGUUCCAAUGGGGUUACCAUCUUCUUCGGCUUCUGGUUUAGGAGGAGGUGCUAGUGCUGGAGGAGGAGGAGGAGGACCAUCGCAAAAUGUAAGAUCAAGAUUAUUACAAGAUGAUCAAGAACAUGGAUCAGGAAGUAUUGCAUUGGAUAUGGGAAGUUUGGAAAAUUAUCGAAUGCAACAAACAAUGGUAAGAUAUUUUCACUCAAUUGUUUUGUCUAGAAAACAAGAAACAUUUUUUCAGCAACAACAAGACACAAGUUUACAAUACGCCCAAGAUCGUAGUAAUACAAUGGCAACAAUUGAAGGAUCAAUAUCAGAACUUGGUCAAAUUUUCUCUCAAUUAGCAACACUUGUUAGUGAACAAGGUGAAAUGAUUACUAGGUGAGUACUUUUUCCUUUUUUCCAAAAAUAUUAAUAUCAAUCAAUUCAAAAACAAUUGUUCUUUUCAGAAUUGAUUCAAACGUUGAAGACACAGCUCUCAACAUUGAUAUGGCUCAUACAGAACUUGUUCGUUAUCUUCAAAAUAUUUCCAAAAAUCGUUGGCUCAUGCUCCAAAUUUUCGGAGUUCUCAUGGUAUUUUUCGUGGUAUUUGUGCUCUUUUUGACCUAAUUGAGUGUGUUUUUUUUUCGAUUCGCUAUUUCUUUCUUCAUUUUUUUUCUGUAUAAUAUCAUGUACCUAUUAUUAUACACACCGGUUAGACGUUCCUUUUUAAUGUGAUUUUUUUGAUGAAGGUAAUUUAUUUGCAGUUUAUUUUUCUCUUUUUAUAAUUGUUGGUUAACUCUAUCCACAUAAUAAUUAUAUUAUAUUGAUUUAAAAAAUUCUUCUUACAGAAUUUUAUCAUAUUUUUGUUGCAGAUGCGUUUUUCAUCCGGUGCUGUGAUUGCUGGAACCGGAUUGGCUUCGGCAGUCACGUUUGCCAACGCAUUUGUGUUACAUAAAGAGUUCUAUCCAUCAAUUGUAUAUAUUUCGAAAAGUAGUGCGAGUAUGGCGGUUAGUUCUUUAAAAAAACAUUCAUGCAGAAAAUUAACCCCCAAACAUUUCCAGGUUCUUUAUGUUCAAGCGCUCGUUCUUGUAUAUUUGGCAUUUGAAGUAAUUAGAUCAAUAUUUUUCGGCGAACUUCGAGCAGCUGAAGCAGAACAUCUUUCUGAACGAACUUGGCAUGCAAUAAUUGAAACUUGCCUCGCAUUCACAGUUUUUCGAGAUGAAUUUUCGCCAACUUUUGUGAUGUUAUUUAUUGGAUUAUUGUUCAUUAAAAGAUUCCAUUGGUUGGCGGAUGAUCGAGUUGAUAUGAUGGAGAGAAGUCCAAUUAUUACUAUCAAAUUUCAUUUGAGAAUGAUGGGUGAGUUUUUUUUGUAUUUGGGAAAAAUUUGUGAAUUGGUCAUGACAGGCCCUUUUAAUUUUUAGUCUCGAAUCAAUUUUUUAAACAAAAAUUGUUUUGGUGAUUCUGAUCAUACGUGGCAAACCCACGUUUCAAAUCGGCCAGUGCAUACCUCUAUUUUUGAAAAUUUCCGACAAAAGGGAUCCCCAACCCCUCUUUUCUUUUUCCUUUUUCCUUUUUGACUAUGUAGACUUGAAAAUCCACAUUUUUGAUUGUUUUAAGCUCAAAAUUGCUCUCUUCCGGCAAAAAUCGAGAAAUUUGAUGUUCUCUGAUUCCAGAAAAUGAAAAAUCCUGAAAAUGCAGAAUUUUAUGGAUUUUUCCAUAAAAAUCCUCAAUUUUCGAGUUGCCAUACCAUUGAUAAUUUCAUUCACGUUUUUCAGCUCUAAUUUUCAUUUUCAGCGAUUUUCCGUUCAAUUUUCGCCUAUUAAAAUUCUAAUUUUUGAAAAAUGAAAAAAAUACGUUUCAAAUGUUUCAUAUAUUUUAUAAUCCAAUAUAAUCUUUUAUUAAUCCAAAACCAAAGGGGAUAAAAAAUUCCAGAAUUUUUUGAAAACACAGAAAUUAUCGUUAUUUUGGAUCAAAAUCAAUGAAAAGUUUAAGUAAUCCCAAUGAUUGAUAAAUUACAAAACUGAGAAAUUUUCUCAAAUUUUUUCACAAGUGCCAACCGCUUCCUAAAACCUGGAUUGAGUGACAAUCCCUCCACGGAUCGAUUACUGCGACGUAUGAUUCUGAUACCCAAAAAUUUGGCGAUUUAGGAAACUCUAUUUCUAUAAGAAUUCCCUCAAAAAUCAACACUUAUCUGAAUUCGAAAAAUUAUAUUUUCUAAUAGAUUGUUUUCCAGCGAUUCUUGGCUGUCUUGGUUUCGUCGAUUCAUAUCUCGUAUCUCAUGCAUACUUCACAACUCUUUCAAAAGGCGCCUCUUCUCAAAUAAUUUUCGGCUUCGAAUAUGCGAUUCUCAUGACUCUUAUUGUACAUAUCACAAUCAAAUAUAUUCUACACAUGCACGAUUUGAGAACUGAACAAUCAUGGGAUAACAAAGCUGUUUAUUUAUUAUAUGCAGAACUUUUCAUUAGUAAGUUUUAUCUUGGAAUAUGUAUUUAUAGUCAAGUAAUUUUUUCCGUUCUAGACUUCAUUCGUUGUAUUUUGUAUGGUAUUUUUGCAAUUGUUAUGCUUCGUGUUCAUACUCUUCCAUUCUUCUGGGUUCGUCCAUUUUAUCAAGCGAUUCGAGCACUUCACAAGGCAUUCUCUGAUGUUGUUUUGAGUCGAAGAGCAAUUCAAGCUAUGAAUACGUUAGUCCCUUUUUUCCUGGAAUAUUUUUUAUUUGUUCCAAUCCAAUAUUUUUCAGACAAUUCCCAUUGGUUUCGGCAGAAGAAUUGACAACAAUUGAUACAACUUGUAUUAUUUGCCGCGAAGAAAUGACAGCUGAUUCGUCACCAAAACGACUACCGUGUUCUCAUGUUUUCCACGCUCAUUGCCUUCGUUCAUGGUUCCAACGCCAACAAACUUGUCCAACUUGUCGAACAGAAAUUCUUGGCCGCAAUGGUCUUCCAAUAAUUGGAGCCGAUGCCGCCCCAACCGGCUCAACAGCAGCCUCCAGCACCCGCUCAAAUCUUCCCGUUCUUUGCCCAUCAAUUCGGUGCCCCUCCAGCCAAUCUUCCACCCCCUCCACCACCGCCACAUCAAAACUUUCCACAUCAGAUAUUUUUCGCGCCGGCGCCUCCGAAUCGUGUCGAUUUUCUGGCACAAUUCCCGCCACCAAUUCCUCCACCACCAAUGGGUUUUGGCCUCCCACCUGCACCAUUUUCGCCGCCGGUUCAACCAAGAUUGGAAGAGUUGACGAAUGAACAAUUAUUAGAAAUGGAAGGAAAUCGAAGAGAAGCUAUUCUAGCAAGACUUCGAGCAUUGGAUAAUGUUAUGGAAUUACUUGAUGCUGCACAUAUUCAUAUGACACAACUUGCUAAUGUUAUUCCACCAGCUUCAGCAAUUCCAACUACAAAUGCUACAGUUGUAGAACCUACACCUGAACCAACAACACCAAUUACAAAUACAAAUGUUGAAUCUGAACCAGUUAUACGAACUCCUUCAUCACUUUUUGGUUCACCAGCUACACCAAUCACACCAAAUAAUACACAAACAGAUGCACAAUCUGAAUCGGAGAAUGUUCCAACAACUUCAAUUGGAAGCAGAACACCAGAAGCUGAAGAAUUGAGACAAAGAAGAUUGGCUAGGUUUGUCCUUUCAAGUUGUUUUUCAAAAAAAAAAAAUAUUUUUUUGCAGAUUCGAUCGUCAAAAUUCUCCUCCACAAUAA